AUGGCAAAAAUCGAGGUGAUACCCUCAACACCAGCAGCACCUUCUCCAAGGCCGAGAAACUUUGCAUCCAAAGUACGAGUCAAUCCGUGUUUGGGUGACUUCGCCCGCUCGCAUUCAGUCAAUUGGUGUCCUCCGGCUCGCAUUGUCCCAGAGAAUGAAGCCCUCGCAAGUUUGAAGGCCGCGUGGAAAAAGAACCCGGGUCCCGUUCCUCAAUACAAUGGGUACACUCCAGGAAAGCCAUUGCUUUGCGUGGAUUUGUUCGAUUUCGAAAUCUAUCGGUCACCCAUCGUAGGCCAUUCGGCAAGGAAAUCUGAGUUGAUUAGCUUGCACCUACUUCAAGUUCCUUCAGCAAAAAAGCUGUGCUUCGACGGUUUCCUUCGCGUUGGAGGCAUCACCCAUUAUGUACAGGGCAUCGAAAUUGAAGACUGCUCUAUCGAAGGAUACGGCGAAGAUCGACAUCCUGACAUCGUCGCUUAUAUCCAAUCAGAAUUCGCCAGCAAAAACGCUCGUUACGAUGUGUGGUACAGGCUUAGACAGCCCUCUGCUGUGUAUAAGAGAUUCCACGAGCCUUUUCUUUGGAUCGCCCAGCUAGGCAAGCAUGUUAUCGACUACAUGGAAACACAGCCGAUAGGAUCAGUGACGCUUGGAAAUUUUCGCAAAGACUUCCUUCGCUGGCUGCUUAGACGCUUUGUAAGAAGCAAAAGCUUCAAGGCAUGGCAUAUCGAGUCCAAAGAGCGAACCGACUUCCGUGUUGCAGUUCACGCCUAUAUCGAUUUCAUCUACCACCAAGCAUUCAAUCUCUCAAACUUGGAUCUAUUGACUCACCCACUAUGGGGUGAAUGCAUGGUAAAAGGCAUGGCCAUCGUAAAACCUCAGCCACAAAUUGAGCAACACACAAUUGCGACACCCGUCGUUUACGAAGCAUUUAAACAUAUGUACUUUGGCAACUAUAUAAGAGCACUCAAAGCGUCGCAAAAAGUCGAACAUGAGCAAGAGCACCGUAAGCGCCAGCUUGGGUUCAUUACAGCCUCUAAGAAUGUGCCCCUGGCAACAUCGACUCGUGUACUACAACUUUAUAGAGGUGCACUGGUCAGUAUUGGCGAUGUAGUCGCCCUGAGGUCAAAUGAGGUGGAUCGCAAGGUCUGGCGGAGCUCAGGUGAUGAGUGGCUUGCGUACGUUUACGACGUCAAGAUGCGAAAAGACAAUAUCCAAGAGCUUGCUGUUCUAUGGCUUUAUCAAUCUUGGGACACGAGCAUCUCAAAGGCCAAAUACGCGUUCAAGAAUGAGCUCUUCUUUUCCGACAAUUGCAACUGUAACGAAGACAAAUUACUAUCUACCGAUGUGGUCGGCAGAUAUAAUGUGCGUUGGUUGCCCAAUGCCAUUCCGUCGUCACAAUUUUUCGUUCGCCAGACAUAUGUUACUGGUGAGAGCGCCUUCAAAACCUUUAAGGAAGAGCAUAAACGCACAUGCAUGUGUAAGAUAAAAAAGACUGCGCCUUCUCAAAAAUUCCGCCGCGGAGACACAGUGUACAUCACAACGACUUUGAAAGGCGAAAAAAUCUUGGAACCUGCGAUUGUAUGGGAAAUGCACGACGUAGGGAGCCGUGUCACUGUACGAAAUUUCCUACGUUUAGGUCGUGAUUGUGCCAGUCUGGCGAUGGAUGCAGGCAGGACAGAUAUCGCGUCGAACGAGCUUGUGCUUACUGACGAGUACUCGACAAUCGCCAUAUCCCGCUUGCAACGCGAAUGUUUUGUACGAUACCUAACCAAAGAACAGCUGCACUCGAUACCAUCCCCUUACGACCGUGGAGGAGCCGGUGAUCGGUGGUUCGUAUCUAUGAGCAUUGCCCUUCCAGAUGCUCAGUUGAGGUUCUUAGUCCAGUCGCCAAAGUGCUUCCGCGAAGCACCAGUCACAAAAUGCCGAAAACUUAAAGGACUGAGCAUUUUCAGUGGCGGCGGAUCGCUCGACCGAGGCAUCGAGGAAGGCGGAGGGGUCGAGUUCCACACUGCGGUUGAUUUCAGUCCCCACGCUAUCCAUACCCAAAGGGCAAACGCCCGAAACCCUAAAAUAUGCCUUUAUUGUGGUUCUGUCGAUGACUACCUCAAAGCUGCUUUGAAGGGGACGAACCGAGACUUAAUCGCAGGCAUCGGCAAGGUUGAGUUCCUUUGUGCCGGCUCUCCAUGUCCUGGUUUCUCCACACUCCAACAAAACUUUCGUAGUAAAGCUUCACUGCGUAAUGCCUCACACAUAAGUACGUUCCUCUCGUUUGUCGAUCUAUUUCGCCCGUUGUACGGAGUCUUGGAGAAUGUUGUUAGUAUGGCUUCUACUCGUACCGGUUUCGAAGAUGAGAAUGUACUAUCGAGUGUGAUAGCAUGCCUCGUCUCUAUGGGCUACCAGGUCAACCAAUACAUUAUGGACGGAUGGAACUAUGGCAGUGCACAAAGGCGAUCUCGUAUAUUGAUCACCAUCGCUGCUCCAGGUCUGACGCCUGUUGACCAACCCUGGCACACACACAGUGCCUCGUACGAGGUGACCAAGAGUAAAUCACUGGGAAAUCUUCCCAACGGUCAGCGACUUGGCGAGCGAGAGUCAUACCCAACCCCUUUCCCUGUACCAUCGGCUGGACAGGUAGCUGCAGAUCUGCCAGAUAUCGGCAAUGGCAAUGCCCAAACCUGCGUUUCGUUUCCGGACCACCGAGUCUUUCCGCUACCGACUAUCAUGGAGAGGUCCUUGUUGAAGCACAUCCCCAAAAGCCCUCCAGGCUGCGGCUACGCGGAAGCUAUGAAGCUAGGUCUUAUACCAAAGAUGCUUCAACGAAAUAAGACUGAGACAGGGAGAUCGUACACGCGUAUCAAGCAAGAUGGCCUUAUACCCUGCAUCACAACCAGGCUUCGGAUUGCCGACUCGCGUAAUGGCGCUACAAUACACUGGGCUCAAGACCGUCCCAUCACUAUCCUUGAAGCUAGACGUGCACAAAACUAUCCUGAUGACGAGCCCAUAAUUGGUACCUUGGCUCAACAGUUUGAAAUCGUUGGGAACGGCGUCGAUCGUAUGGUGUCACUCGCUUUUGGGCUUUCAUUGCGACAAGCUUUGGAGGUAACCUCCCUUGCUUCGAAUCCUCUCAUGACCCGGAAUUUCAUACAGGACGCAGAGCGGGAGAUCAUCGUCGUUGAUGACUCAUAUGAUGAUGAUGGCUAUCUUACAGAUGCAACGCAGUCUAACAUGGAUUUGAGCUCUGCGCAAGAUGCUUCUUUUCGAUCGAAGAAGACAAUGGCACACGCAGCAAUCAUCCCUGCUAACUCAAAAGCCAACAAAAAUAAUAAAGUAAAGUCUUUCGUCACGACCUACGAGCGUUCGCACCCCAAGAAGCAGUCGAAGAGCCAUAAAACUGCGCAAACCAUGACCCGUAACACUGUACAGGAUAGAGAGAGGGAGAUCAUCGUCAUUGAUGACUCGAAUGAUGACGGCUAUUUGACAGAUGCAACGCAGUCUAGCAGGGAAUUGAGUUCCGCGCAAGACCUUGUUCGAUCAAAGAAGACAAUAACGCACACCGUAAUCAUUCCUGCUAAAGCUGGCAAGAAUAAAGCAAAGUCUUCCGAGCGUCCACACCCCAAGCUGCAGUCGGAAAGCAAGAAAACAGAGAAAAGAAUGGCGCAUACGGUCACCUCCAAGGUCAACGAGCUCUCUAUGAGCACAACGAAGUCAUUUUUCAAAUCUGCCAAGACUUCGCUUCCCAGAAAACGAGCGAGACGAGACGAGAUCGAGUAUGACGGGAAAGGGACAACUUCAGUUGAAGCACCACGAGUAGGCCCAAGGAAGCGGACAAGAACGUUUAUCAUCUCGCGCUCAUCCUCUGUUCUUACCGACAAAUCGACAGAUUUCCAAAGCCAAAGAGAUCUCCGCGCCACCUCGAUAUCAUCGACAAAGUCCAGGCAUACUCGUCCUCCAGGCUUCGGCGUCGACUUUGCGCCUGUGAUCUGGAACAAAAGGCCUGAGUUGAGUCGAUUUCAAUAUCAUAUAUGA